AUGGAAGCCAUCAUGGAUGCCCAUGGGUUAUGGGAUGCCAUUGAGCCACCAACCAGAGUGGUUGUGGAUGAGAAGAAGAGCAAGCAGGCUCGAGCUUUCAUCUUCCAAUCUAUACCAGAAGAGAUUCUUGCACAGGCUGCCAAGAAGAAGACAGCCAAGGAAGUUUGGGACUCUCUAAAGUCACGGUAUGUGGGUGCAGAGGGGGUCCAAAAGGAAAGGCUAAUGGUACUCAAAAGUGAGUUUGAAGCAAUUCAAAUGAAGGAGUCCGAAACCAUAGAUGAUUAUGCAGGAAAGAUAUCAGCUAUGAUCUCAAAGUUUGGGAGUGCAGGGGCAAUUUUGGAAGAUGAAGAAUUUGUGAGAAAGCUGUUCGACACAGUUCCGGAGAGGUUUAUAAACCUGGUGGCAUCAAUUGAGCAAAGUUGUGAUAUGGAAUUGAUGCCAUUUGAAGAAGCAAUUAGGCACUUAAAGGCAUAUGAGGACAGGCUCCAGCUCCGGAAGGCAAGCACACAGGGAGAUAAUGCCCUACUACUUGCCAAGGCAGAAGGCUCGUCAACCCACCGGAGUCUAAGCAAGCAAAAUUCAACAGGUGGUCGAGGAAGGGGCGGAAACAAUCACCGGGGUGGAAGAGGUAGCACACGAGGGCGAGGCUCGUCUCGUGGCAGAGGUGGGCGUUGGGGCGGUGACCCACGACAGGAGUCGAAUAACACAAACAAAAAGCCAUGUGACAAAAGCAACAUCAGAUGCUAUGAAUGCCAAGAGCUUGGUCAUUAUGCAUCGAAAUGCAAAGGAAAGAAACAACAGGACCAAGAAGUAAACUUGGCUGCUGGUGAAGAAGAACCAACCUUGUUGUUGGUUGUUUGUGGUGAAGAGAACAGUGAAGUAGUCUUAUUGAAUGAAGAAAAGGUCUACCCAAACCAAUUGAAGGAGGGCAAUGAAGAGAACAUAUGGUAUCUAGACAAUGGAGCUAGUAACCAUAUGACUGGAUGCAAAGCCUUGUUUGCUGAACUUGAUGAGAAAGUAACUGGGUAG